UAUCAUAUUAUCUGCUUUAAAAAAUUAAAAAUGAAUAUAACUGUUAAGUCUUGUCAAAUAUUUACAAAGUGUCAACAAAAUAUAACCGCUCGAUUUUCACGUCAAUAUUUAUCAACGCAAGAACAUACAACUAAGAAAAAAUGGAAACCAGCUAUUGGCUUAGAAAUUCAUGCACAAAUAGCAACAAAUUCAAAAUUGUUUUCUUUUGCUUCUACAAUGUUUCAAAAGCCUAUUAAUUCUUCUGUAUCUUAUUUCGAUUGUGCAACUCCAGGAACAAUGCCGGUUCUUAAUCGAAAAUGUGUUGAAGCAGGUAUUAGCACUGCCUUAGCAUUAUCUUGUACAUUAAAUGAAAUUUCAAUCUUUGAAAGAAAACAUUACUUUUAUGCAGAUUUACCGGCUGGAUAUCAAAUUACACAAUGCAAGCAACCAUUGGCUGUUAAUGGUAAAUUAUGUUUCCUAGUAAGCAAUCCAGAGACAAAUAAAGAACUAUAUAUGAAAACGUCGAAAAUAAAACAAAUACAAUUAGAACAAGACAGUGGACGAAGUUUUCAUGAUGAAUCCAUUGGAAAGAAUCUUAUAGAUCUAAAUCGUGCAGGUGUACCAUUAAUGGAAUUAGUUUUUGAACCAGAUUUAACCGAUGGAGAGGAAGCUGCAGCUGCUGUAAAAGAACUUGUGAACAUUUUUAAAAUAUUGGGUACUUGUUCAUGUAAAAUGGAAGAAGGAGCAUUCAGAAUUGAUGCAAAUGUUUCUGUAAGUUAUGAUGAUAAUUUAGGAGUUCGUACAGAAUUAAAAAAUAUUGGACAUAUACGUGCUGUUGCUUCUGCCAUAAAAUAUGAGAUAAACCGACAGAUUUCAAUUCUAGAAAGUGGGCAGUUAGUUUUUAAUGAAACCAGAGCAUGGGAUAGUGUAAAUAAGAGAACCGUUCCAUUACGAGAAAAAGAGGAAAAACAGGAUUAUCGAUUCAUGCCUGAAACAGAUCUUCUUCCUCUACGAAUAUGUCUCGAUAAUACUGAAAAUAAACAUAACUUAGUAGAUGUUGCUACAUUAAGAGAACAAUUACCUGAAUUACCAUAUGAAAAACGUAGGAAGUUGAAAGAAAUAUAUAAUCUUAAAGAUCGUUUGAUCUUCCAAAUAUGUAAUGAAUUAGAAUUUUUGAAAUUAUUUUUUGACGUAAUUGAAAGAAACAAAAAUCUGGAUCCAAAUAUAGCAGCAAAUUUCAUCAUAAAUACAUUACAGUUAUUUUUAAAUACAAAUGAUUUAAAUUUUGAUUAUUGCAAGAACAAUGUAGAAAAUAUUGUAGAAUUGCUUGAUUUGUACCAGUCUAAACAAGUUAAUGUGGCAAUAGCAAUAAAAGUUUUACAUUAUUUAAAUGUUACAUCAGAUAAAAAUCCCAGCCAGAUCAUUAAAGAGAACAACUGGAUAUUAAUAAGUGAUGAAAACGAACUAGAAAUUAUAUGUAAUAGAAUAAUUAAAGAAAAUCCAAAAAUCGUAAAGAAAUAUAAAGCCGGGAAACAAAAAGUAUUUAAAACAUUGUUACGAAAAGUAGCUACAAGUACAAAUGAUUGUGCUGACAUGAAUAAAGUAGUGUUAAUUAUGAACCGUUUAUUGACAUCUUAAAAAAAGGUAUAUAUUUAUGAACUUACCUGAUAUAUAUAUAUAAUAGCGCAAAACAAUUUUGCAUAUUA